UGCUAUCAUCCGGAGUCAUUUUGAUUACGGCUCAUUCCUAUUAGAACCUUGUAACAAGGCUGCCCUUUCCCUACUUGUUAAGAUUCAAUCGAGAUGUCUUCGUAUCAUUUGUGGAGCCAUGCGUUCCUCUCCCUCUAAUGCUCUUCAAGUUGAAUGCCUUGAACCCCCAUUAAGCCUUCGGCGGCAGUUUUUAUCAGACCGGUUUUUUUUCAGAGCUGCUCAGCUAUCAACUCACCCUCUUUUGGUUCAUCUUAACAAUCUGAUUAACAUUAUCCCAACCUCUGACUAUUGGACUCAUAAAGAUCUUCCCUGCCUGGUUAAAAGUUUCCAGAAAUUACUUGAUUCCACUCCUAUGUGGACUUCUCCAGGUAAUCCGGUCUUUCUACUUGAUUAUGAUUCCCUAGUAUUUCGUCCAAAUAUUAUAUUUUCCUUGGGCAUCAACAAGAAUUGUCCUAAUGCUAAUAAUAUCUUCUUAAAACUUUUAGACGAAAAAUGGCAUGAUUAUCUUCCAGUCUAUACAGAUGCUUCGAAACUUUCGCGGAAUGGUCCUGUUGGAUCUGCUGUUUGGAUCCCUCGCUAUAAAUUAAUCUUAAGCUUCAAAAUUCCUUCUCCCUCAUCGGUGUUUACAGGAGAAGCUGUAGCAAUUUAUGAAGCAGUCUCAUUCAUCCUAUCCCAUAAAAUCCCAAAGGCUCUAAUACUUUCAGACUCCCUCAGCUGUCUUCAAGACUUACAUAAAUUCCCUCUCCGAUCAAAGGAUAACCUCACUAUCACCCUCAGGACUAGACAGUCCCUUCAUCAAUGCUCUCUUCUUGGUUUGGAAGUCACUAUUGCUUGGAUUCCUAGUCACAGUGCAAUAGAUGGCAAUGAACAGGCUGAUGCUUGUGCUAAACAAGCUAUAGACAUUGGUUGCCCCUCUUCUCACCCCACUUGCUAUAUGCAGGACCUUCGUAAUACUGCUAAAACAGACCUCAACAGACUCUGGAAUGAGGAGUGGAAGAUUACUAGUCAAUCCUCUGGAAGUCGAUAUCAUAGUAUUCAACCCAAUAUUCUUGUUAGACCAUGGUUCUUUAGAUUUCAUAAAUUCUCCAAAGUCAUUACAUCUUCUAUCAUUCGUCUUCGUUUGGGCCACAACUCUUGCCCUGCUUGGCUGGCUAAAAUCCAUAUACUGGAUCACUCUAUAUGUGAGUGUGGUCUUGAAGAGGGAACUAUUGAUCACAUAUUUUUCAACUGCCCUAAUAUUCAAUUAUUCAUGCCAGUUUAUACGAUUUUCUUCCUGACUAUAUUCAAAGACCGGUCAAUAUGA